AUGGCGACGCGGGGCGGGGCUCCGGGAACGCCACCUCUGACCCUCAGCUGCCGCUGCGUCGGCGCGCCUUGCUUUGCAGUCACCGUUCCUUCCCUGUGCACUUCCUGCCCGGCGCGGAGCGGCGUCGGGCGGGUUCGGCGGCCAAGCCUGGGCCGCGUGAGGCGCGAGGGAGCGCCGGCAGCCGCUCGCCCGGCCCCGCCCGCAGGGGUUGGCGCCCGGGGCCUGGCCGUGGUGGCUGCGGGUGACGCUCGGGCCGUCGUUUGCGGCUGGGUUUGCCGACACCCGGUUCCUGCACCCAGGUUCCGGGCAGCCAGGAGGGGGCGCUGCUGCUCUCCUUUCACAAAUGAGAAGCAGCCCACGCAGCUGGAAACCCUGCCCAAGGAAGACCUGAUCAAGUUCGCCAAGAAGCAGAUGAUGCUAUUGCAGAAAGCCAAAUCAAGGUGUACAGAAUUAGAGAAAGAAAUUGAUGAACUCAAAUCAAACCCUGUGAACGGAGGAAGUGAAGAUAUUAUUAAGGCACUGACUGAGCGCCUUGAUGCUGUACUCCUGGACAAAGCAGAGACCGAGCAGCAGUGUCUUUCCCUGAAAAAGGAGAAUGUUAAAAUGAAGCAGGAAGUUGAAGAUUCUGCAACGAAAAUACAAGAUGUGCACAAGGAGUUAGAACAGUCACACAGCAACUAUGUGAAAGAAAUUGAAAAUUUGAAAACUGAAUUGAUGACAGUCCAUUCCAAACACAGUGAAGAUAAGGCUGGCCUACAAAAGGAGCUAGAAGAAGCAAUAAACAAACAGGCAGAGCUUUCAAAACAACUUGAAUUUCAGUAUAGCUCUGAAGCUGAUGUUAAAAAACUGCAAGAUGCGAUCCAAGAAGUGAGGCCAGCCUUUGAGGAACAAAUUUUGUAUCUACAAAAGCAGUUAGAAGCUAGCACUGAUGAAAAAAAGCAAGCGGUGACUCUCCUCCAAGAAGCCAUGGAGGCGAACUCGCAGCAGUAUCAAAGAGAUGUGAGCCGUCUGCAAGAAGAAGUGAGAGAGCUGACACUGCAGAUGGAAGCAUCAGCUAGAGAACACGAAGCAGAAGUAAGCAGGCUAAACCAGCUGAACGAGGACUUAGCGAAGCAGUGUGAGGCCCGCGAGCAGAGCGCUCGCCCGCAGUACGAGUGUGAAUUGCAAAGCCUGAGGCCAGCCAGCCCGGGCGCCGACCCACAGCACCCCGUGGGCCCUGGCCGCCUGCGGGAAGGUGCUCCUGUGGAGCAAGUAGUAGAUGAGAAGACCAGGUACUUGGAGGAUUCCUUGAAAGAGCUGGAAUCACAACAUAGUAUCUUAAAGGAUGAAGUAACUUAUAUGAAUAAUCUUAAAUUAAAACUUGAAAUGGAUGCCCAGCACAUAAAGGAUGAGUUUUUUCAUGAACGAGAAGACUUGGAAUUUAAAAUUAAUGAACUAUUACUAGCUAAAGAAGAGCAGGGCUGUGUAAUAGAAAAACUAAAAUACGAGCUAGAAGAUUUAAAUAAACAGUUUCAUUGUGCUAUAGAACAGCAUAAAAAAGAAGUACAAAAUCUCAAGGAGCAACAUCAAAAAGAAAUGUCAGACCUAAAUGAGACAUUUUUGUCAGGUUCAGAAAAAGAAAAAUUAACGUUACUCUUUGAAAUACAGGGUCUUAAGGAACAGUGUGAAAAUCUUCAACAAGAAAAGCAAGAAGCAAUACUAAAUUACGAGAGUUUACGGGAGAUUAUGGAAAUCUUACAGACAGAACUAGGAGAAUCUGCUGGGAAAAUCAGUCAGGAGUUUGAAUCAAUGAAGCAGCAGCAAGCAUCUGAUGUCGAUGAGCUUCAGCAGCGGCUUCGGGCUGCGUUUAAUGAGAAGGAUGCUCUUCUUGAAACUGUGAACCGUCUGCAGGGAGAAAAUGAAAAGUUGUUAUCUCAACAGGAGUCAGUACCACAACUUGAAAGUGCUGUAAAGAGCCUUCAAGAAAAGAAUGAAGUAUACUUAGUCAGCCUGAGCCAAAGAGACACGAUGGUACAAGAAUUAGAAGCCAAGAUAUGUUCUCUUACAGAGGAAAAAAAAGAUCUCGUAAGUAAAAUUGAAAGUUUUCACGAAGAGCUAGAUAGUCUGCAUAAAAAGUGUGAAAGGGAAGAAAGUUUUGCUGAAGCACUUCGGGAGAAAGAGCAGCAGGCCAGCCGGUACAGCAGCGCCCUGGAACGGCAGGUAACUGGACUGACGGGAAGACUGGAAGAGGCUUUGAGAGCAAAGGGUGAAAGUGACCAGAAACUAGAGCAGCUUACGGUUCAGAUGCAGGCCGUCUCUGGAGACCAGGAAGCGCUGUCGUCACAGGUGAGGUCCCUCGUUGAGGAAAACAGCAGGCUGUGUUCUGAGAAGGGCCAGCUGCGUCGGCAUCUGGACGCUCUUCUGGCUCAGCAGGAAGAUGUUACCCUGAAAGACCAAAUGACUGAAUUAGAGAAGAAGCUGCAGUUAACAACUGAAGAGCGAGAUAACUUAAAUAAGAUGUUUGAAAAUGAGCAAGUUCAGAAGUCAUUUGUUAGAACUCAGCUCUAUGGUUUUCUCAAGCAGAUGGGGUCGAGCGCUUCAGAAACAAAUGAGGAAGAUGUUGGGCUUGUCCUGCAAGCUGUAGGCGAGGCCUUGGCGAAGGUGAAAGAAGACAGUCACAGCCUGGUUUCGCAGUAUGCCGAAAGGGUGUUGGAAUUAGAGAAGGAAGCUAAGUGCCUUCAAGAAAGAGCCGAUCAGUGUGAAGAACUUAGGUGUUCACUGAGAGGCUGUGAGCAGGAGACGGUUCUCUUACAGCAAGAGUUAGAGGGAGUAUUGUCACAGAAAGAAGCCUUGCAGUUUGCUCUUUCAGAAAUGAAGAAUGCUAAUGAGAAAAUAGUCCAUGAAAAUCAUAAUCUUCUAAUUCAGAUUGGAGAAGGAUCUCCUCUAUUGCACAGCAAAGCUGAAGUCUGUAAUGAAAAACCUUCUGUGCCAGAACACGAAGAUUUGAGGCCACUACUGGAGCAAAAGGAAGCUGAGCUGCGAGAUGCGAGAGCUGAGCUGUUGUCGUUAAAGGAUUCCAUAGAGAAAUCACCUGUAAGAAAUGAUCAGCUUUCUACGGUGAAAGAACUGGAAGAGAAAAUAGGAAAUCUAGAAAAAGAAUCCAGAGAGAAGGAGGAAAAACUAAGUAAGAUAAAACUAGUCGCUGUGAAAGCAAAGAAAGAAUUAGAUUCUAGCAGAAAAGAGGCCCAGACUCUAAAGGAAGAACUGGAGUCUGUCCGGGCAGAGAAGGAUCAGUUGUCUGCAUCCAUGAGAGACCUCAUCCAGGGAGCAGAGAGCUAUAAGAAUCUUUUAUUGGAAUAUGAUAAGCAAUCAGAACAGUUGGAUAUGGAAAAGGAACGUGCUAAUAAUUUUGAGCAUCACAUGGAAGACCUUACCAAACAAUUAAGAAAUUCAACUUCUCAGUGUGAAAAAUUAACCUCUGAUAAUGAAGAUCUCCUGGCUCGUAUUGAGACGCUUCAGUCCAAUGCCAAGCUACUAGAAGUACAGAUUUUAGAGGUCCAGAGAGCCAAAGUUGUGGUGGACAAAGAACUAGAAGCUGAAAAACUUCAGAAAGAACAGAAGCUGAAGGAACAUGCCAGUACUGUAAGUGAGCUUGAAGAACUUCAGUUGCAACUCCAAAAGGAAAAGAAACAGCUUCAGAAAACCAUGCAAGAAUUAGAGUUGGUUAAAAAGGAUGCCCAGCAGACUACCCUGAUGAACAUGGAAAUAGCGGACUAUGAACGUGUGACGAAAGAAUUCAGUCAACAGCUAACUGAUAAAAGCAGCAAGAUAGAAGAUUUGAAGCAAGAAGUAGAAAUUCAAAGACAGAAACAAGAAACCCUACAAGAAGAAAUGACCUCGCUCCAGUCUUCCCUGCAGCAGCGUGAGGAGAAACACGCCAAGAUCAAGCAGCUGCUUGUGAAAACCAAAAAGGAGCUGGCAGACGCCAAGCAAGCAGAAACUGAUCAUCUCAUUCUUCACGCAUCCUUAAAGGGUGAUCUGGAGGCGAGCCAGCAGCAAGGCGAAAUCUACAAAAUCCAGCUGGCGGAGGUGACUGCGGAGAAGCACAAGCUGCAGGAGCACCUGAAGGUGGCUGCCGAGCGGCACCAGCGCACGCUUGGCGCCUUCCAGCAGCGGGUGGCUGCGCUGCAGGAGGAGAGCCGCACGGCCAAGGCAGAACAAGCUGCUGUAACCUCAGAAUUUGAAAGCUACAAAGUCCGAGUUCACAAUGUCCUGAAACAGCAGAAAAAUAAGUCUGUGUCUCAGGUUGAAACCGAGGGAGCAAAACAAGAAAGGGAGCACCUGGAAAUGCUGGUUGACCAGCUGAAGAUCAAGCUUCAGGACAGCCAGAGUAACCUGCAGGCCAGCGUGUCAGAGCUGCAGGCGCUGCAGUUGGAGCAUGACACCUUGCUGGAGAGGCACAACCGCAUGCUGCAGGAGACCGUGGCCAAGGAGGCGGAGCUGCGGGAGAAGUUGUGUUCCAUCCAGUCCGAGAACCUGGCCAUAAAGUCUGAGCAUUCAAAGAUGGUGGGACAGCUGACAUCCCAGAGCGAGGGCCUCCGCAGCAGCUUCCGAGAGCAGGUGCGGCACUUGCAGGAUGAGCACCGGAAGACAGUGGAAACCCUGCAGCAGCAGCUCUCCAAGGUGGAAGCUCAGCUCUUCCAGCUCAAGAGUGAGCCGACCACACGAACCACAGCCUCUGGCCAGUCCAUGAAGAACCUGCGAGAAAGGAGGGCCACCGAUGUGACCCUUGUGGACAUGCACACCGUGACCCGCGAAGAGGGUGAGGGGAUGGAGACGGCAGACGCAGAGUCCGUGUCUUCUGCCAGCACCUCUGCACCAUCGCUGGAGCAGCUGCUCAGCUCUCCUGAGACAAAGCUGGAACACCUUGCAGAGCCUCCUCUGUGGCACACUGAGUUUACCAAAGAAGAGUUGCUUCAGAAGCUCAGCUCCACCACAAAGAGUGCGGAGCACUUGAAUGGCCUGCUUCGGGAGACGGAGGCAACCAACGCCAUCCUCAUGGAGCAAGUCAAGCUUCUCAAAAGUGAAAUACGAAGACUGGAAAGAAAUCAAGAGCGAGAGAAGUCUGUGGCCAACCUGGAAUACUUGAAGAAUGUCUUGUUACAGUUCAUUUUCCUGAAGCCUGGCAGCGAGCGGGAGAGGCUCCUUCCUGUCAUUGACACCAUGUUGCAUCUGAGCCCUGAGGAGAAGGGGAGGCUCACCACUGUGGCGCAGGGUGAGGAGGAAAACGCAUCCCGGGCCUCCGGAUGGGCCUCUUAUCUGCACAGCUGGUCUGGACUUCGAUAGGUUGGGGCAGGAGGCUCCUCAGCCCAAUGGGACUCAUCCUGAGGGCCAGUUCACAUACGUGGCUGUCCUUCUGUUGAGGGUGUCUAUGUCCUCCUGUAUUCUGCAUGUGUGUCAGAUGGGCCGCACAUCUCGGCCUGAAGUGAAAGCACAGCAGCCAACACUGGGCCCAAGGCGCCCCUGGGAACUUGGCUGCUCCUCCCUGCAGCCUGGGCACCUGCGGGCAGCCUGUGAAUUUGGAACUUAAUAAACUGCUGGGCAGAUCCAGUUUCACAGUGUGACAGGGAUUCGCUGGUAAGGUGGAUAUAGGGUGAUGAAGCUGGUACACUGCAGCCCUCUUGCUGCCAGCUGAAGCUGUCCUCUGAUGUGCCCUCUGCUGAGCUUAGCUGUC